CGGGGACGCAUCACACGAAGAUUCGCCAGCGAUCGACGAUGGCCAUGUACCUGCGCUCGACGAUGGCCCGCGCCAUGAGCAAGCGUUCGUUUGCGACGGCGGCGCGCGGCGCCUUUGCGACGCUUGACGCGGCGGACGUCGCCCACCUCCGGUCGGUCUGCCCGAGUGCGCUCACGGACCCGGACGAGAUUGCCCCGUUCAACUCGGACUGGCUCAACAAGUACCAUGGCCACAGCCAGUUGGUGCUGCGGCCCAAGAGCACGCAAGAGGUCUCGGACAUUCUCAAGUACUGCAACGAGAAGAAGCUCGCGGUCGUGCCCCAGGGAGGCAACACUGGCCUCGUCGGCGGCAGCGUGCCCGUCCACGACGAGAUCAUCCUCUCGCUCGGCAACAUGAACCAAGUCGAAGCGUUUGACGAGACGUCGGGCAUCAUCGUGUGCCAGGCUGGCUGCAUCCUCGAAAACCUGGAUGCGUAUGCUGGCAAGUACGGCUAUAUGAUGCCGCUGGACCUCGGCGCCAAGGGCACGUGUCAGAUUGGCGGCAACGCGGCGACGAACGCAGGUGGCCUUCGCCUCCUGCGCUACGGGUCGCUCCAUGGCUCGAUCCUCGGCAUCGAAGCUGUCCUCGCCGACGGCACGAUUGUCGACUGCUUGAGCACGAUGCGCAAGGACAACACGGGCUACGACCUCAAGCAGCUCUUCAUCGGGUCCGAGGGCACGCUCGGCGUGAUCACCAAGCUCUCGGUGCUUACGCCGCCCCGCUCGACGGCGGUCAACGUCGCGCUCCUUGGCUGCGAAACGUUCGAGGACGUCAAGAAAGCUUUUGUGCAGGCCAAAAAGAACCUUGGCGAGAUCCUCUCGGCCGUCGAGUUUAUGGACCGCGCAUCGCUGGACAUGGUCAUGUCGCAGCAGCCGUCGCUUUCGGAUCCGUUGAGCUCCAACUGCCCUUUCUACGUGCUCUUGGAGACCUCGGGCUCGAACGAGACGCACGACAUGGAGAAGCUCGAGGGGUACCUCGAGCAGGUCAUGGAGGCUGGCACGGUCGUCGACGGGACCGUGGCCCAAGACGCAGCGCAAGCCAAGAAGCUCUUUGGUAUUCGCGAAGACAUUACACUCUCGCUGAGCUCGCGCGGCCACGUGUACAAGUACGAUCUCUCGAUUCCGAUCGACGAGUACUAUGCGAUCGUCGACGACACACGUGCCGCACUCGCCAGCCAUGACGCCAAGGUCGUGGCGUUUGGGCACCUCGGCGACUGCAACAUCCACCUCAACAUCUCGACGCUCGCAUACGACGAUGCAGUGCAAAAGGCGCUCGAACCCUUCCUUUUCGAGUGGACAGCCAAGCGCCGGGGCAGCGUCAGCGCCGAGCAUGGCAUCGGGACGCACAAGCCGCACUUUUUGCACUUGUCCAAGUCGCCCGAGGCCAUCCGCAUGAUGCAGCAAAUGAAGCGCGUGUUUGAUCCGAACGGCAUCCUCAACCCGUACAAAGUGUUGCCAUAAGGUUACAAUCGGAUGUACUACAUACUACUGUCGCCCGUCUUGCGGUCAUGGCGACCGCGGUGGCAUCGCCGUCGCCAGUGUUAAAUCCAAGUGUGAAAAGCGCACCGACCCAAAAAUGCGUUCCGGCAGCUCGGCG